AUGUAUCGCAGAAUAGCAAAGAACAUAGGGCUUACUUGUCACUAUCGUGGAGACGCUGCAGAAGCAUGGUUUAGCUCUUUCCGCUAUUAUCACGUGACGUGUCCAAAUAGACGACAUUCCCCUAUCGUCUUCGCUGUUCAAAAUCGGUUGCAUCUCUCCACGGCCCAGAUCCGGUUUAUAAACACUGGACCGUCGAGUCAAUACGUCAAAAUGCUUUCUAGCCUCGAGCCCUACCCUCCCGGAUCUCCUAUGAGCUUUGAGGAGGACUCAGGGGCUUCUUGGACGCCUCUGUUCCAGAAACAAUGUUCAUUCCCUCCCGAAAUAUUCAGACAAGUAAUGCUGAAUCUGAUACGGAACCCAAAUAUUAAUUCAAACCACCUUUUUCGCGCUGAUAUCUCAUUGGAAAGUCCAUUCGCUGAUGAUUCCCUGACGGAUUCUGAGAUACCCCCAAGGAUCACCCACGUCAAAGGAUACGACAUCAAAACCGUCAUUGGGAGUGUUUCAAUACAUUACUCAUUCUUCGAUUCCGAGCCUCGAUCAGCCAAAUUGGAAAGAACCGCUCAGCAUUUACUGACUGUUCUGCACAAGCACGGCCAGGGAACUGCUGCUGGAUACGUUAAGAGAGUGAACCAUGACGUUAUUAUCCCUCAGGCUGUUCUUCAGAAUACGUACGCAAGACUUAAGGCCAAAUAUGCGAAGAUCCUCAUCAGCCGUUGGGUUGAGAGCACAGACCCGACCAAACACGUUUUUGAAGACCUUGGAAUUGCUGCGUUCCUGAUUGAGCUAUGGGCUGAGAUGUACAAGGAAACUUACUUUCCCGGAUUUGUUGAUAUUGGAUGUGGUAAUGGGUUACUUGUUCAUAUUCUCCUUGAAGAAGGUUACAGUGGCUGGGGUUUCGAUGCACGAAGACGCAAGUCAUGGGCCACAUACAGUUCGAAGACACAAGAAAGUCUGAAAGAACUUGUUUUGAUUCCGUCUAUAUUACAGACGACCGCUGCAGAAACCCCAACUCCUAAUCCGCCCAAUGUGUUACCAGGAACACAUAAUGGAUUAUUCCCCGAAGGAACAUUCAUAAUAUCCAACCAUGCCGACGAGCUGACACCUUGGACGCCCAUCCUUGCUAACCUUUCGAAAUCACCUUUCAUGAUGAUCCCCUGUUGCAGCCAUGCCCUCAGUGGAGCUAAGUUUCGAGCACCUCCUUCUAAAGGCCUUAAUGCGUCCAGCUCUGCAUACGCGUCGCUUGUGAGUUGGGUGUCUAAAAUCGCUAGGGAGUGUGGAUGGGUGGUCGAGAAGGAGAUGUUGAGGAUUCCGAGUACGAGGAACACGGCGCUUAUCGGAAGACGUCGCGCGAUAGGGUUUGAAGAGCUUGAUGUCAAGGAGUUGGUGGGGGCGAAUGGUGGUGCGGAUGGCUGGAGAGAUAAUGCAAUGAAGUUGGUUAAAGGCGCUACUCGCGGCCAUUGA